AUGACGUCUCUCGGUUCAAUUGAUAGCCUACCAAACGAAAUCCUCACUUCAAUCCUGUCUCCAUCUUCAACCAAAGAACUCGUCUCUUUUGCCACUAUCAACCGCCGCUUCUACUCCAUAGUCACGCGCCUCAUCCACCACCGCCUCCUCCAAGCUGCUCCCCUCCCCGAUAACAAACUCAUUUUAGAAUGCUACCUUCCAAGUGACCAACUCUACGCCCCUUGUCUGGCAUGUCGUUAUCAGGGAUUAGUGACCCAAUACGGUCCUCCUAUCAGUGAAGUUGAUCCUCGGCUACCUGACCUCCGGCGUUUGUAUUCCUCUUUUAGACCCGUGUUUGCAUCCGAGAGCCGAAGUCCUAGGAGAGGUCGUAGACGACCUACAGAGACACAACCUUCCGAGGAUGCAGAUGAUGAAACCGCUACACAAGAUAUCGAUCUUGAUGAUGGAGAGCUCUUCUCUCAGCUGUGUGCUGCCAUUAACCUCGUCAAGGAGGGACCUAGAAGUGGAUUGUUCAUAAGUCAUGUCAAUCUAGUGGAUGGGGUCGUACGGGUGUUUCGAAAAUGGCUUGCCGAAGCAGCAAGCAAACAAGAUCCGUCUCGAUGUGACCCAGAGAACAUUCUCUGGGUUGGCAAGAAUAAUGAUGUCGGAAUACGAUUCAGCGUUGUCCCAGCACCUUCUGAAACGAUGCCUCUAAUCUCGGGGCCCAACGAUGAUCCUCCAGUUCAUUACAAGCUGGUGUAUAAAGAAUUACUUGUUCGAGUGCACAACAUAUUAGAGGCUCUAGAGCUCUCUGUGGUGCAAGAGGUCGGGAACUCAGGCAAGACUCUUGUGAUCCAUGGCGCUUCCAUGUGA